CCCGGGUCCCGCCCCGCCAAGCCCCGCCCCUCCGCCCGCUAGGACUCCCGCGGGCGCAACCACGGAACUGCUGUCCCCGGGCCAGCCUGGGGCGGCCGGCCCGAAACCACCCGAUAAGAUGGAAUCACUGAAUUCAUCACUUGACUCAGUAAUAGUUGGAUAAGUUUAGCAAGGGAUGGUGAAGUUGGAGAAAGGCUCCUUUACCCCUCCUCCAGGAUGAACCCCCUGCAAGAAGACAUGGAGAGCGCUCUCACAGGGAGUCAGAGCCCUCACACUUCUUUGCGCGACGUUCAUUCCAUCAACCCCACACACCUCAUGGCCAGGAUCGAGUCUUACGAAGGAAGGGAGAAGAAAGGCAUAUCUGAUGUCAGGAGGACUUUCUGUUUGUUUGUCACCUUUGACCUCUUAUUUGUAACAUUACUCUGGAUAAUAGAGUUAAAUAUCAUCUCCAUCAGUUUGCCAGGACAAACAAUGUCUGUACUCCAAAUUGGAAAGGUGAAUGGAGGCAUUGAGAACACAUUAGAGAAGGAGGUGGUGCAGUAUGACUACUACUCCUCUUAUUUUGAUAUAUUCCUUUUGGCAGUUUUUCGAUUUAAAGUGUUAAUACUUGCAUAUGCUGUGUGCAGACUGCGCCAUUGGUGGGCCAUAGCGCUGACGACAGCAGUGACCAGUGCCUUUUUACUCGCAAAAGUGAUCCUCUCAAAGCUUUUCUCCCAAGGGGCUUUUGGCUACGUGCUCCCCAUCAUUUCAUUCCUCCUUGCCUGGAUUGAGACGUGGUUCCUGGAUUUCAAAGUCUUACCUCAAGAGGCAGAAGAGGAAAAUAGACUCCUGAUAGUUCAGGAUGCUUCAGAGAGGGCGGCACUUAUACCUGGUGGUCUUUCAGAUGGUCAGUUUUAUUCUCCACCUGAAUCUGAAGCAGGAUCUGAAGAAGAAGCUGAAGAAAAGCAGGACAGUGAAAAACCACUUUUGGAACUAUGAGUACUACUUUUGUUAAAUGUGAAAAUCCAUCAUUGAAAGUCACUGGAGG